UAGCCAUCAACAUUGAAUAGUGGGAAAUGGAAAAGCAUAUGUCAAUCUUGGACCAAUCUCAUAUUAUGGUUUAUUACUUCAUCUGCAAUCCCAAGAUAGGACAGAAAAUACCAAAUACUAUGUUUAGAGGUACUGCUGUUUUGUCAGCCGCCCAGAAAUUAAGAAAAAGUGAAGGCACCGCAGGAGUCAGAUCUGACCAAAUCUUGGAUUCACAGUGAAGGGUCCAACCACAACGAUUUCAGUCUGAAAUCGGUCCAAAGCAAGUAAAUAUAAAGAACCCUCAAAAUUUAGGAAAUUUUGAUUGGGGGGAGUUACGUUGGGAGAAGGUAAGAAAAUCCCUGAAUUUUAUCCGUGUCUGUGGGUUUGCAUUUGAUGAGCUUGAAUAAAAGCCUCUGAGACGAAGGUUUCCAUGCAAUUCUUGAUGCAGAAGCUGAGCCAUUCAUUUUUCUUUCAAGGAUGGAAGUGUUGUUGCAACUAAUUCUAGAAACCCUCAUUUUUUUUGCAUUCAAAGCUACAAUGGAGAUAAAAUGCUGUUAAUGACCUGUUUUCGGUGAUGGGAUUCGGAUCUUGACAAGGGAUUGGACCGUCGUCUGGGCGGUAUUAGUUAGACCCAGCCAAGUGUGUAUAUCAUUUCAGGAUAACAUAGUCUAUGUCAGAUAGUCCGUAUAAUCCAAAGUUCACCACGUCAUAAGUUCUCCACCACUUAUUAUCAAAUUAUUGAAUGCAUCAUGUGGGCUGCAGUGUAAUUCAUGUCAGAACUAUUGUCAUUUUGCAUAUAAGUAGAGUAUGUUCUAAGGGGGAUCACACCAGAGGAUUGGCAAGUUUAGCAAAGUGUUUUUCUUGCAGCAGCAGACCAUGAAAUUGGAAAACCAAGAUUUUGGGAGCCAUGCUCCUUUGCUCCCAGAAGUCCGGUCGAGUAAUGAUAAAAGACGGUAUGAGGGCGCGUCGAUUUCGGGGGCAAUAUUCAACAUCUCAACCGGGAUGGUGGGAGCUGGGAUUAUGUCGAUCCCAGCAACCUUCAAGGUGCUAGGCGUGAUUCCUAGCUUUGUAGUCAUCUUAAUUAUUGCUUAUUUGGUGGAAGUCACGGUGGAGUUCCUGUUGAAGUACACACAUUCCGUUGAGUUGAAUACUUACGGAAAAUUGAUGGCGGAAUCGUUUGGGAAGUUUGGAUCCAUUGCCCUUCAAGUUUGUGUUAUGAUCACCAAUCUUGGUGCUCUGAUCAUCUAUUUGAUUAUAAUUGGAGAUGUUCUCUCGGGAAAUACAUCGGAAGAAACAGUGCAUUUGGGUAUUCUGCAAGAAUGGUUUGGCAUCCACUGGUGGAACUCACGUGCAUGCUCGCUCCUUUUCGUUGUGCUCUUUGUCUUGCUUCCUUUACUUCUUUUACGGCGAAUAGAUUCAUUGAGGCAUGCCUCGGCGUUGUCUGUGCUGCUAGCUGGUUUUUUUGUUGCCAUAUGCACAGCAAUGGCUAUUCAUGCCAUGUGGAUCGGGAAAACACAAAGACCGAGACUCGUUCCAGACUUUGCAAAUGGUGUCUCUGCCCUUGACCUCUUUACUACUAUUCCAGUGUUUGCGACUGCUUUUGGAUGCCAUGUAAAUGUUCAUCCAGUCAGAGCAGAGCUUGGCCGACCUUCUGAUAUGAGCUCAGCAGUUCGAAUCUCACUGGUAUUAUGUGUAGCAAUAUACCUUGCCGUUGGCUUCUUUGGCUACCUUCUCUUUGGGGACUCUAUCAUGGCCGAUAUGCUUGUCAACUUUGACACAACUUCGGAUUCUCUUAUCACUACAAUUCUCAACGACACUGUGAGAUUGAGCUACGCGAUUCACCUCAUGCUGGUGUUUCCCGUUAUGAACUACUCAUUAAGGGUCAACGUUGAUGAAUUGUUUUUCUCGAAAAGGCCUCUUUUGGAUGCAGAAAAGUUCAGAUUUUAUUGUCUUACGGGUGUUUUACUUAUAUUCAUAUAUUUGGCAGCAAUAGCCAUUCCAAAUAUAUGGUACUUCUUUCAAUUUAUGGGAACGACGACUGUCAUGUGCCUCAUGUUCAUAUUCCCCAGCUCAAUCAUUCUUAGGGAUGUCCGGUGCAUAUCCACUAGUCGGGACAAGGUGUUGGCGUGGUUGGUGAUCUUGCUGGCAGUCGGGACGAGUUUCAUCGCCAUUUUCUCAAACUUGUCUGAUUACUUUGGCUGGAAAUAACAUAAGAAAGCCAAUUUUUUCAAGAGUGUUUGCCCGGCCUGUCUCGUCCCGACGAGUUCAACAGCCAUUUUCUCAGCCUGUCCAACGGAUUAUACUUAAAAUACAUGAAAUAUUUCUUGGGGGCAAUUUUCACCAAAACUCACUGCAGUUCUUGCAAGUCAAAGUUAUUAGAUAGUUGGUUACAUAUUUUAAGGAUAUUAGCAUGGGAAUGUUGGUCGAACAUGUUCUUCUGUAUUAAAUUUACAUUGUUGAACCAACUCAAGGAGGUGGACAAUCUACAUAUGUUGCUUGUAAUAGAAAGGGCACAACCUCUGCUCUCUGCUUCAAUUUCUUUGUUC